CCUGAGCAGGGAAGUCUUUCCUUGUGUCUCAUCUCCAGCUUUCUUGCUGCAGUUCCAACCUGCUCCCUCCCACUUGAGCCAGCUUCUUUCCAGCACCCCAAGGCCUCGCGUGAUACAAGCGAAAAUUAGAGCAUCACACCUCCUGGCUGCCUUACCUGAACUUACUUGCCCUUCCUCUCCUGUACCUACUUUCCUCAGCAUCCCCAUGGAGCAGAAGUGCCCAUUCUCCUCUUGCUUUUCCAUGAGCUCUCUAUCUGCCUUUCCCUACAGAGUUCUCUCUCUCGGACUGGACUGGUGGCUGGAGGGAAGUGACAUGCAGAGAAGGGCAGGAAUCCUAAAAAUGGUAAUGACGGCUGCCUUUCAUGGAGUGCCUGUGUGCCUAGUGCUCAUCCAAGUCCUCAUCACGCAUUAAUUCCGUUAGUCUCACCAUAGGUGAGUGCAACAUAAGCCCCAUCCUACAGAUGAAGACACAAAGGCAAGAGAACUUCAGUAAUUUGCCCAAGUUCACACAGCUUAAAAAAAAAAAAAAAAAAAAAAAAUCCCAGCCGGAAUUCUAAGAUUCAAAUCCAGGCCUUCUGGUCCCAAUACUGACUUGCACCUCUUACCACCAUGGAGGGGAAGGAAAUGAAUCAUUUGUUGAGAACCAACACCUCCCCCCGACCCGAUCAAGUGUCCGGCACCAGAAUAUAUGCAGUCACGUGUUACUCCAUGAUAUGCCCCAACAGCCCAGAGAGGUAGGUGUACUUGUACCCAUUUUACAGGUGGGAAAAUUGAGGGUAGCCGGCCCAAUGCCACACACCCCCAGAGCCAUUUCAACCUCAUAGCUCAGAACUUGACUCAAAGUCAUCGAGAAAAGUGCAGGAUGACCCCAGGUUCUAGAAGGCAAGGUUGGCUUUCUAAGCUGAAAGGCCCACCAGGUGACAAGGAUGUGGAAGAUCCGCAAGCUCCAAACAACCCCGCCACUGCCACCAUCAGACACGACUCUGCAGUGCACGGGUCCGGGACGUGCUGUCAGCCGGCAGGCCACUCCGAGGGUUCAAGUCUCAUAAAAUGUAAAUGUAUUAGCUCAGAUGGGAAGUGGAGGGGGUAGACGAAACCAUGAUUACUCAUUGACUGGAAAGCAAUUUUCAGACUAGCUAGGCUGCUGGCCGGUGACCGGCUCCAAGUUGGGUGACCUGACGUAGGGGAUCCGCCGCCUUGGUGGCGAGCUGCGGCCGGGGAAGGGACACACUGAUGGAGGAUAAGGAGAGGGCACUGGACAGGGAUGGGAAGGCCUCCCCGUUGCCGCGGCUCAGGGUGUGCCAGGUCCCACCCCCAGAGGCGGGGCCAGGCCGAGCCCCACCAGCCCCAGCUCCGUCCCUCCAGAACCCAGGCGGGGGCAGAGCCUGGGCAGCAGGGAGCCCGGGCCCCGCGGUCCCGGAGGCACAGCAGACCGCGCCCGAAGCCCUGCCCGCCUGCCCGCAGCCAGUCCCUGACGCGAGGAGCAAGGCCCAGGCCGGCCCAGCGACACCUGCCACAGCAUGCUCGCCGGCCGCGGCCCCAGGCCUCCCCCGUCCCGAUGACACCCAACAGCACCAGGGAGGAGCCCAGCCCCGUUCCCGCCGGGGCCUUGGGGCUCUCCCUGGCCCUGGCCAGCCUCAUCGUCGCUGCCAACCUGCUCCUGGCCUUGGGCAUCGCCAGGGACCGGCACCUGCGCCGCCCGCCCGCCGGCUGCUUCUUCCUGAGCCUGCUGCUGGCCGGGCUGCUCACGGGGCUGGCGCUGCCCGCGCUGCCCGGCCUCUGGAGCCAGAGCCGCCGGGGCUACUGGUCCUGCCUCUUCCUCUACCUGGCGCCCAACUUCUCCUUCCUCUCCCUGCUCGCCAACCUCCUGCUGGUGCACGGCGAGCGCUACGUGGCCGUGCUGCGGCCCCUCCGGCCCCGCGGGAGCCCGCGGCUGGCCCUGCUGCUCACCUGGGCCGGGCCCCUGCUCUUCGCCAGCCUGCCCGCGCUGGGCUGGAACCACUGGGCCCCCGGCGCCAACUGCAGCUCCCAGGCCGUCUUCCCGGCCCCCUACCUCUACCUGGAAGUCUACGGGCUCCUGCUGCCCGCCGUGGGGGCCGCCGCCCUGCUCUCGGCCCGCGUGCUGGCCGCGGCGCACCGUCAGCUGCAGGACAUCCGGCGACUGGAGCGGGCCGUGUGUCGCGGCGCCCCCUCGGCCCUGGCCCGGGCCCUUACCUGGAGGCAGGCGAAGGCGCAGGCCGGGGCCACGCUGCUCUUCGGGCUGUGCUGGGGGCCCUACGUGGCCACCCUGCUCCUCUCGGUCCUGGCCUAUGAGCAGCGCCCGCCGCUGGGCCCAGGGACCCUGCUGUCCCUCAUGUCGCUGGGCAGCGCCAGCGCGGCGGCCGUGCCCGUGGCCAUGGGCCUGGGGGACCAGCGCUACACGGCCCCCUGGAGGGCGGCCGCCCGAAGGUGGCUGCAGGGGCUGCAGGGAAGAGCCCCCCGGGGCGGGCCGGGCCCGGGCAGCGCCUACCACACCGGCAGCCAAAGCAGCGUGGACCUCGACUUGAACUAGGGGCGGGCCUCUGCUGGCUCCUGCCAGAACCAUCUGUCCAUCUCGGCCACCAAGCCGGCCUCCUCGUCCCCACGCCUCUGGAUCAGAAGCCCUGCCCUUAUCCAACUCCACCCUGACCCAAUAAACCCAUCGGGCCCA